AGAAGCAUCCCUCGGGCGCGCCAGAAAACGUUGCUCCCAAUGUCACUAUGUCCUCGCUAAAGCAAAUCACGGAUUUCCUAGCUUCAACGAAGCCACCUGGGACACCCACGAACCAUUUAGUAGUAAAAAAAGGCGAAUUUCAGUCGUGUCCAGUCACCACUCCGCAGGUUAAUUCCCCGAGAUUUGGAGGGCAAAUGGUCAUGAUGAUAUAUUGGCGAGGACUUGCAUCGGCUCUUGAGACUCUUAACAUCACUUUCAACCUCGAUUCACAUUAUUCCCAAAUAGCUCAGUGGGCGAAGUCGAAGCAUACCAAGUCCUCACUAACCUCAGAUUUGGAACAAGGUGUUUGUGUGUCGUUCGCUUGCUAUCAUCUCCCCAGUCUUCCGUUCGAUCCACUAGAAGGUGAUAGAUCUACGCCAUGCUUUGAGACACUGAUGUACUCGCCAUGCACGUGGCCCACAUCCGGGGACGUUUCACUGCAGACGAAGCGGAACGGGAAGGAUUUUAUCAUUCCGCUAGCUCCACCGCUUUUCGUCACCCCAGACAAUUGCAUCGACAUCUCCGCUUUCAUCAGAAGUGGAGAAAAUAGGUUUUCAGUGGUCCAUCAGAGUGACAUGUCAGACUAUUUGUUUGUGCUCCACGUCCACCAUCCUACGCCGGAGCAACUUAGCUAUCUCGCUUCGUGCAGGCAUAGACGUGAGGAGUGGGUGAAGAGCAUGAGUGAUCUUUGCAAGUUUGAGCCGAAGGAAUCGUUAUGGAGGCAAUGA